AUGUGUCAAAAGGAAGAAAUGAAACAUUACGAAGAAGAAAAUCACUUCCGCACAGUCACCGUUUAUCCAUCUCAGCCCUGCAGUGUCUUCUGUCACAAAAUGGCAAAAUUGAAAGACAGAAGACGAGAGAAAAUCAGUGUCGCCACUGAGAUUGACCGUUUGGAGGAGCGACGGGCGCGUUGCCAAGACAACCUGGAGAGAGCAGAGUUCAGGAGCAGGAAAGAGGAGCUCUCUGACAAGGAAAGACAGGAACUGGAAGAUGAAAUGGCAAUCACGAAUGAGAGGGUGCGAAAGUUGGACAAGGAGCUGGAGACGUUAAGAGGAGAGAACCGGAAGAACAUGGUGCUCUCAGUCGCUAUGCUGGUUAUCAGCGCUCUCUUCUACUAUAUCUUUUUUUACAAUGAAGAGGACUCAUGAUACCACCUGGUAUCUUUAAAGGGAGCUAAUGCUCUUAAAAGAACAACAACCCUAGGUCAAUGUUGUCAUAAGAUAAAAUUUAGGGCAAGGAGCUGUGUUGAUGAAAUACCCCAGUUCUGCCUCUAGAGAGCAUCAUUGUCAUUUUCUUGAUCUCUGGUCAUCAUACUGGGUUUAUCCUGCACAGUCAGAACCCGACCACGGCCUCUUGGAAUGCAAAGUUGGUGUUUUAAGCAUGUUUGAACCUUAAUUAUGGCCUUUUACUUAAUUUCACAUUGAAAUCUCUGUCAACAUAUCCACAAAUAUGUUUUCUGUACUUCAGUCUCUUCCUCCUAAGGCAGUUUUCGGUUCCCUCGCUUUCUGAAGCUUUUUGCAAAAGUCACUGCAAGCAGGACCCUGUGUCAUUAGACAGGCUUAUGUGAACAGACGAAGAGAAAGAAGGCUGCUGUCUUGUCUUAACAGCACUGAAUUCGGAUAGUUUGUGGUAAUACUAAACUACCAAGUGACAAAAUUUAAUAUUCAUCAGCGUGUGUAACUUGCCUGUUGAUUAUCCCAUUAUAACCCCAGCCCACAUUUUGGAUACUAUAUACACUACUGCAGGUGACACAGGAUGGUAUCACCUGCAACUCCGUAGAUUUUGUAACACAUGUGAGAUUAUGUUAAGGUGAAGAGAGUGAGCAUCUUUUGUGUUUUCCUCAGCUAGUAUACAGUCACAGUUUUUAUUUUCAUUGCUGUAUAAACACCUGACUGUAUAUUAUGAGAUUCAUAUGUUUUUCACCUAAAAAAAAAUAUUAAAUAUAAAGUUUUCCUUAUGCCACAAAUAAACCAAUAUAAUAUUGCUGUAUUUUCUGCAAUAUGUCGAAGAGAUGCUUCAUCAAAUGCUGCAAAUCAAGUCUGCUUUUGUCUUUUCAGUCACGUAUGAAUAAAUAUGUGAUAAUGCAUAGUACACAUGUCAUGUGUGCAGUUAAAUGGAUGAAAAAAUUUGAUACAUUUUUUGAGUUGUAUCAUUACAGCAAACAGAAAACCUAAAGAAUGUAUUUUUUUUUGUUUUGAUACUCAUGCUGGCCAUGCACCCAUCUGCUAAUAAAAGCUGAAACAUGCCAAA